AUGUCCUCCCCCAAUCAAGACCGCCAAACCGCGCGCAAGACCCUCUUCGAGGAGGGUCUGGAGAUCCGCCGCGAGGUCACCGGCGCCGAGCACGUGAACCGCUCGUGGGCCAACGUCUCCGACUUCUCGCGCCCCAUGCAGGAGCUGGCCACCGAGGCCGGCUGGGGCCUCAUCUGGGGCCGCCCGGGCCUGGACCGCCGCACCCGCUCGCUCAUCAACCUUGCCAUGCUGCUGGCCAUGGGCAAGAGCACCGAGCUGGGCGUCCACGUCCGCGGCGCCCUCAACAACGGCUGCACCGUGACCGAGAUCCAGGAGACCCUGUUGCAGGCCAGCAUCUACGCCGGUUUGCCAGCCGGGCUGGAAGGCUUCCGGGUCGCGCAGCGGAUAUUGGACGAGGAGAAGGAGAAGGAGGCGGAAAAGGGGACCAAGAAAUGA